AUGCACGAGGUACACACCGCUGCCACCAGCUGCCAUCGCACGUGCGGGGCGGCCCGCUCGGCUCUGGCGCCACCACGACCGCGCCAUCACGCGCACCGCGCAGGCCGUGCGCAUGCACGAGGUACACACCGCUGCCACCAGCUGCCAUCGCACGUGCGGGGCGGCCCGCUCGGCUCUGGCGCCACCACGAGCGCGUCAUCGCGUGCAUUACGCGCACCGCGCAGGCCGUGCGCAUGCACGAAGUACGCACCGCUGCAACCGCUCCACACGUGCGGGGCGGCCCGCUCGGCUCUGGCGCCACCGCGACCGCGCCAUCGGUGCGCAUGCACGAGGUACGUACCGCUGCCACCAGCUGCCACCGCACGUGCGGGGCCGCCCGCUCGUCUCCGGCGCCACCACGACCGCGUCCAUCACGCGCACCGCGCGAGGCAGUGCGCAUGCACGAGGUACGUACCGCUGCCACCGACUGCCACCGCACGUGCGGGGCGGCCCGCUCGGCUCUGGCGCCACCACGAUCGCGCCAUCGCGCGCACCGCGCAAGCCGUGCGCAUGCACGAGGUACGUACCGCUGCCACCAGCUGCCACCGCACGUGCGGGGCGGCCCGCUCGCGCGCGCUCUUGGACCACCACGACCACGUUAUCGCGCGCAUCACGCGCACUGCACAGGCCGUUCGCAUGCACGAUAUACGCACCUGCCACCAGCUGCCACCGCACAUGCGUAGCCGCUCGCUCGGCUCGCUCUUAACAGCCGUACGAUUAACUCCAGGACCAGAGGUAGUGCCAAAGCUCCACGACCUUCCCGAGGAGUGCAUCAGAGAGAUUAUGUUAAGGAUAUCGGACCACAGGGAUUUAGACGCCGCCUCAUCGGCAUGGAGCGUGAUGGCGUCAGUGUGCUCAGAGCGACGAGUCUGGCGCGAGCUUGUGAUGUUCCACUUUACGCAGCAGCAAAUCAACACUGCGCUGGGCAAAGAUGAGAAGGACGUCGACUGGAAGAAACUCUUCCAUCAGCUCAGGAAAUUAUACGGUUUGCGAGAAGAUGCCCAGUAUGCGGAGACUCUGUCCCUGUGUCGUCACUGCAAAUGCCUGUUCUGGCGUUCCCUCGGACACCCCUGUAUUGCAGAUCAGUGUCCAGAGUACCGUGAACGACUGAAGGAAGCCGGCGGCCCCCCUCCCGCCGCACCCCGUCCCGCCCGCUGCAUUCCUCAAAUUCUUCUCGCUUUAAUUCACUUUAUAAGGCAGAACGGUCUAAAAAUUAAAUUAAAACUUUGCCACUCUAUACACAUAAAUUCAUAA